GCACUCUACACCAUGCGCUCCCUUGCGUCGUGUCGUCACGGUGCUUCUCUCUCUGCCUCCGCUCCAGACAGACCCACAACCAGAGACAUGGCUCCGUGAAACGACACAUGGCAGCUAGCAGCCAUGAACCAAAAAACAACUCACCAAAUACAGAUAAUGCCUAAAUAACAACCUUGUUUCGUUUAUUCCGAAAUUAUUCCAACACCUGCAAUAUUCAUAGCUUCAAACUGGUUGUCAGUCACUGUCAAGGGGAGAGGCACCCUGCAAACCCCCUCCGGUUUUAUUUCUGCUCAAUAUUUCGCUCUCAAUCAGUUUAAGUUGCCGUCUCUAAAGAAGCUCAACAUGGGUGUGCAAGGUUUCCAAGAGUACAUUGAAAAGCAUUGCCCUAAUGCUGUGGUGCCGGUGGAGCUCCAAAAGCUGGCCCGGGGGAGUAUGGUCGGAGGUGGCCGGCAAAGACCCCCUCAAAGUCCGCUGAGGCUGCUGGUGGAUGCCGAGAACUGCCUCCACCGGCUCUACGGAGGUUUCUACACCGACUGGGUCAGCGGGGGCCAGUGGAACCACAUGCUGGGCUACCUUGCUGCCCUGUCCAAGGCCUGCUUCAACGGGAACAUUGAGCUCCUGGUGUGCUUCAAUGGCGCCCUGGAGAAAGGCCGUCUUCACGAGUGGGUCAAGCGGCAGGUGAACGAGCGGCAGACGGCCCAGCAGAUCGUCAGCCACGUCCAGAACAAGGGGACCCCGCCACCAAAAGUCUGGUUUCUUCCCCCGGUGUGCAUGGCCCACUGCAUCCGGCUGGCGCUCCUCAGGUUCCACAUCGGGGUUGUCCAGAGCAUCGAGGACCACCAUCUGGAAGUGAUAGCCUUAUGCAGGGAGAACGGCUUCCACGGCCUGGUGGCCUACGACUCUGACUACGCUCUCUGCAACAUCCCCUACUACUUCAGUGCCCAUGCCCUCAAACUGAGCCGCAACGGCAAAAGCCUCACCACCAGCCAGUACCUGAUGCACGAAGUGGCGAAGCAGCUUGAUCUCAACCCAAAUCGUUUUGUCAUUUUUGCAUCACUUUUAGGAAAUCACAUACUGCCUGAUGAAGACUUGGCUGCCUUUCACUGGACCUUACUUGGUCCAGAGCAUCCAUUAGCAUCUUUGAAGGUGCGUGCCCACCAGCUUGUGCUCCCGCCAUGUGAUGUUGUAAUCAAGGCUGUGGCCGACUACGUCCGCAACCUGCAAGACAUCAAUGACUUGGAGGCCAUCGCUAAGGACAUUUUCAAGCAUUCACAGUCCUGCACUGAUGACAAAGUUAUCCGCUUCAAGAAGGCAGUGGAGUACUACUCAGCGGCCAGCAAACCCCCUCAGUUCCCUCCACAUUUAGUCAGACCAAAACAUAUUGGAGUGCCUGCUGCAGCGCCUCAAUAUGCAUCUCCAAAAAUGCUCAACAUUCCACAGGCGCCGCUGCCGGUAAAACCCGAGGUCCAGCACUCGUACCCAGACCCUCUGGUGGAGCACAGCCUGGCUCUGGGCUCGGUGGGGAAAAGCUUCCCAGAGCCGAACAGCUUCAGCAACAUUCCUCCUGAAGGGAAGCACACGCCGCUGUAUGAGAGGUCCUCCCCCAUCAACCCCGGUCAGGGCAGCAGCACUAACCACACGGAGACCGCCUCCACAUCCUCCUCCUCGGAGAAUGAGGAGAGCACCGGCACAACUGCCAAUCAUGUUAGUGACCAUAAAGGAGGAUGGGAGAAAAAUGGAAAUAAUUCUCAUUCUGAAAACACACCAGAGGGCGAACUGGGGGACCAAACAAAAACUGACCUCACCAUGACCUCCGCUGUGAGCCCCGGGCCGCAGGCUGGAGGCCACCACAGCCUGAACGCCCAGAUCCCCUCCCUCCUCUCCAUGCCCACCAGGAACCACAUGGACAUCACCAUCCCGCCUCUUCCUGCUGUGGCCCCCGAGGUCCUACGGGUCGCUGAACACCGACACAAGAAGGGCCUCAUGUACCCUUACAUCUACCAUGUCCUCACCAAGGGAGAGAUUAAAAUAUCUGUCACCAUUGAAGAUGAAGCUAACAAAGACCUGCCUUCAGCGGUGCAGCUGUUUCGGCCUAUCCGCCAGUAUGUUUACGGAGUGCUCUUCAGUCUGGCUGAGGCCAAGAAGAAGGCUGAGAGAGUAGCCAUGAGGAAAAAUUGCCUCCCCGAAUAUUUACCCGUCAUGGUCAAAGAGUGGGCAGCCUACAAAGGCAAGUCUCCCCACACUCCUGAGCUGGUGGAGGCCCUGCCCUUCCGGGAAUGGACGUGUCCCAACCUGAAGAAGCUGUGGCUGGGGAAGGCGGUGGAGGACAAGAACCGCAGGAUGAGGGCUUUCUUGGCCUGCAUGCGCUCCGACACCCCAUCUAUGCUCAACCCUGCCAAUGUUCCCACGCCCCUUAUGGUGCUCUGUUGUGUGCUGCGGUUUAUGUUACAUUGGCCAGGAGUAAGAAUUUUGCGUCGUAACGAACUUGACGCAUUCCUAGCCCAAGCACUUUCUCCUAAACUAUAUGAGCCUGACCAGCUCCAGGAACUGAAGAUUGACAACUUGGACGCUCGAGGUGUCCAGCUUGCCGCUCUGUUCAUGAGUGGAGUGGACAUGGCUCUGUUUGCCAACGAUGUGUGUGGCCAGCCUAUUCCAUGGGAGCACUGCUGUCCCUGGAUGUACUUUGAUGGCAAGCUGCUUCAGAGUAAACUCAUCAGGGCCAACCGGGAGAAGGCCCAGCUCAUUGACCUCUGUGAUGGUCAGGCUGAGCUUGUUGCCAAGGUGGAGAAGAUGCGUCAGAGUAUCUUGGAGGGUCUGAACUUUUCUCGUUCACCUCAUCCCCUCCCGUUCCCGCCACCUCCACCGCCACCACCUCCUCACGGGGUGCCUUUCUACCCCCCCACUGGCUCCUUCUACCCUCCACCCCCAAUGAUGCCUCCUCAGGGCAGGGGCAGGGGCAUGCCUGGUCUUCAAGCAAUGUCCUCCCAAGGUGGGAAGCUGGAGAUCGCUGGCACUGUGGUUGGCCAGUGGGCUGGUAGUCGACGUAGCCGAGGAAGAGGAGGCUUCCCUGUCCAGGUGGUGUCUGUCGGGGGACCAAACAGAGGUCGUCCGAGAGGUGUGAUUUCCACACCUGUCAUAAGGACCUUUGGUCGAGGGGGCAGGUACUAUGCUCGAGGCUUCAAGAGUCAGGGAACAUACCAGAGUAAGCCUGCUCAUACCUCUGGACACGACGCAGCGAAGGAGAGAAAGAAACCGAAGCCGGAGGAGAAGAAAUCCACUUCUGCACCUUGUGAAGGUUCAGCCACGGAGAACGGCAUGGAGGAUAAAGAGUCGGACCAGCUGAAUGGAGAUAAGGACGAAAGCAGGGCUCUCAUCCAACCUGAAAGUGCCUUUAGCAGUGACUCCAAGAUGUGCAAUACUAAUCCUCACUUAAAUGCACUAAAUGUUGACAGCGGCUGCCAUAGAGACGAAGCUCUUGGCACCGAGGUCUUAAAAAAAGAAGAGUAAGCCUAUUUUUCUAGAGAGGGUGAAGGAUGAAAGAUGGAAUAGGGUUAGGAAUAUCUGGAAAGUUGGAAAGCCUACAGUACAUGUAAUUUUUCAGCCCAGUCGCCAGGAAAAAAUGUUGGCGUUUUACGUUUCUGCAAACCAAAGAUACGCUGAAAUGACACGUUUUCAAGUUUCCCGACGGAGUGUGAAGCGAGCGAAAACCGCAGCGUUGGGAGGUAGGUGGGGUGUGGAUGUCACAACCAGCAGGACUUCACUUCUGCAGACGGGGCGUUCGAGUCCCGUCCCAAGCGAGUUCAAUUUCAGCUAACAUUACAUUGGCCAAAGUAAUCAAAGUUAACUGGCGUUCUCAGUAAGAGUCGUGUGAUGUUGACACAGGCUCCAUCACAUGGUCACAAGUGGAAAUGUUGAUAUGCAUUAUCUUUUUGGCUUAGAAAAGUUGACAUUUCAGCGUAUUUAUCGGUUUGCGUGAAGGUAAAACGGCAGCAUUUUAUUCUGGUGACUGGGUUGAAUUUUUUUCCUCUCAGAAAAAGCAAACGAGAUGAAAUUCGGAUCCCUCUCAGUUUAACACAAGAGUACGAGUUAUAUUACAAAAAUACUGCAAGUUAAAGGAGUACAACAGUCGUUCACUCCCUCAUCACCAAGAUUUAUACAUGUUUCAAACUGUUUAUGAGAAUGGUAUUUUUCCUUUUAUCAGAAUACUGAAGCUUCAAGAAACAUUGAUUUGGAAAACUUUAGUUCUUAUAGGUUGAGAUGCUCUUCCAGUACUUGGCACCAUGUAUUUGCCAUUGUAAUUAAUUUUUGUGUUGUCACAGUAAAUGCUUGAUGAAAACUGAACUUUUAAAAGGAAAAAAAAAAAAAAAAAAAAAACGGGAAAAAAAGAGAAACGCAAAACACAACAUUUCUGCCAUGGGCCAUCGUCACCCUCGGUUUGAGUUUGGUUCAAAUUUAAGUAACUCUGCUAGAUUAAAUCCUGCCGCAUUAGUUCAGACGAGCUCGGCGCGAUUUCAUUCGUUUAGGUAUAAGGAAACACUUCAAGAAACAGCUAGACAUCAGAUGCAAAACAUCUUGCCAAAAAUUCUGAUACUCAAAACGUGGUUUCUUGAAUCCAAUGUAGAACUCUAGUAUUCCUGCUUCAACAAAAACCCUCUGCAUGGUUUCACAGUUUAAGAGGUGUGUAGUUAUUAUGCAUGUUGUCCUUUUUCUUCCAUCCUUACAAGUACUGUGCCCAUUUGCAAAUUUAAGAAAUGGCUAAUAUCAGUAAUAGUCCAUACAAAGGUGUUAACUGUUAGUCAGUAACAGAUUUGCUCUGACCUUGAAUUUUUGUGAUAUUGACCUCUGUUGCAUUUAAUUAAAAAAAAAAAAGCAAGCCGUUAUCUAGCCACUUUUUAAUAGUGUAUUCAUACUAUACAUUAUUGUUCUCUGUUGCUGUUUUCUGCAUUAGUCAAGUAUCUCUGAAAAAAAGCAAAAAUCACAUAAAAAGCUUUGACUGAAAAAAAAAAACAAAAAAAAAAAACACAAACUCCACCCCCUUUUUGUAGCUGGAAG